AUGCAACAACAACAACAACAACCACAACAACAACAACAACAACAACAACAACAACAACAACAACAACAACAACAACAACAACAACAACAACAAGCUUGUGCGCACUUAGAUUUAGUAAAAUCUCGUAAUAAGAAUGCUAUAUACGUUAUUUAUAAACAACAACAACAACAACAACAACAACAACAACAACAACAACAACAACAACAACAACAACAACAACAACAACAACAACAACAACAACAACAACAACAACAACAACAACAACAACAACAACAAAAGUGCUCCUCUCUCUAUGCAUAA